AUGUGUCAGCAAAUUGACUGUUCAGAAUUGAUGGUGGCAGAGGAGGUUUUGAUAUGCAUUUAUAGCAGUCUAAAUCUGAGAACUAAGACCCUGCUUGCUGAUGACAAAAGUUUAAGAGAGCUUGCUGCAGAUGCCCUUUCUUCUCUUGCUAAGUAUGAUCCUAGAUAUUUUGCUGGUACCAUUUUGGGGAAGUUAUUGCCUUGCACAUUGUCUUCUGAUUUGUGCAUGUGUCAUGGUGCAACUUUAGCUGUUGGGGAAGUUAUAUUGGCUCUACAUGAGUGUGACUACGUUCUUUCACCAGAUCUGCGGAAUCAAGUUGCAGGCGUGGUUCCUGCAAUUGAGAAAGCACGGCUGUAUUGUGGAAAGGGAGGAGAAAUAAUGCUUUCUGCUGUUUCCCAUAAAAUAAAGCAGUGUCUGCUUGACACACUCCAUGAUAAUCUGAGACAUCCUAAUUCUCAGAUACAGGGUGCUGCUGUUGCAGCCUUAAAGAGCUUUUUUCCUGCAUACCUUGUGGCUUCAGAAAGUAAAAGCUUCAGUGCCCUUACGUCAAGAUGCCUUGAGCAAUUGACUGAUCCUACUGUGGCUGCUAGACGAGGAUCUUCACUCGCGCUUGGUGUUUUGCCAUUUAGGUUUCUACGCGGUAGUUGGAGGUAUAUACUCCAGAAGCUUUGUGCUGCUUGUGAAAUUGAGGAUAAUCCUGAAGAAAGAGAUGCUGAAGCACGGGCAAAUGCUGUCGAAGGACUGGUAUCGGUGUGUGAAAGUUUAACCGAGACACGAGAUAUUUCCCAUCUGUUGUCUGCAGAAGAAUGCAUAUCUCUAUACGUGUUUAUUAAAAAUGAGGUUAUGCUGACUUUAUUUAAAGCUUUGGAUGAUUAUUCUAAAGAUAACAGAGGUGAUGUUGGUUCUUGGGGAGAACUCAAGGGCUUCCUUAGCAAGUCGGAACGAAUGGAACUUGGAUCUAUUUCUCAGUUGAAUGAGAAAGAUAUUACUAACCAGAUGAAAUUUCUUUUUGAUGAAAAUGUGGCAACCUGUUUAGUUGGUGGCAUUGUUAAACAAGCAGUGGAGAAGAUGGACAAAUUAAGAGAGUUAGCUGCAAAGGUUCUUCAAAGAAUUUUGCACAAUAAAUCAAUUUUUGUACCAUUCAUACCCCAUCGAGAGAGACUAGAAGAAAUAGUUCCUGACGACGCUGAUCUGAAAUUGGGGGUUCCUACUUUCUCACAUCCUCGUUUUAUUCAGUUACUUGGUAGCAGUUGCUAUAGAAAAUAUGUGAUAUCGGGGUUGGUUAUUUCCAUUGGUGUCUUGCAACGUUCAGUGACGAAGGAAUUACUCAGUGCUUUGCUUGAAUUUCUUCACCCAACAGAUGAAAAUGUAAGUGGUUCCAGAGAGUACAAUCUUUCUAAUGACAUUCUUUGGGUUCUCCGGACGUACAAAAAUUCUGAUAGAGUCUUAAUACCCACUUUGAAGACUAUUGAGGAUAUUCUUAAACAUGGAGGUGACGUUGAAGAUGCAAAACGGAAGAGAUUAGAGCUCUGUGCCACAUGCAACUUAGAUUUUGAGACAUUAUCGAAAGCAAAUGGUGGAACAUCUCGUAAAGUUGUGGAACAGGCACCCACCAGUGAUGAAUAUGCAUCAUAUUUUUCACUUGUUGAAUCAUCUGGGUUUUAG